AUGCCCGCAGACUCAAACAACCCUCCUCCCGGUCGUCGUCUCUUCCCCGUCGCCAUAGAUGACAUCGCGCAAAGUGACCCGACCAGGACGUUGGCUUCGAUUCCCUUAUCCUCCGACCUGUCUCAUGGCUAUAGAGAUGUCUCCUUCCUCAGUUUUGCCAACGCCGUCAACCGCGCCGCAUGGUUCAUCGAGACCACCUUUGGCCGCUCAGCCAAUUCCCCAACUCUGGCUUACAUCGGCAAGUCGGACAUGAGGUAUCACAUCCUGGCUAUGGCAGCCGCCAAAACUGGCUAUCAGGUCCUGUUUUCGUCUCACAUCAAUAGCCUUGCAGCCCACUUGAAUCUUCUCCAACUGUGCGAUUGUCAUCUUUUCUUGUCUGCAGAAGGUGUCGACGUCGCGGACAUAUUAGCCGCUCGCUCAAUGAAUCAUGCCAUCUGCCCGGAGUUGAACGAGCUCCUAGACCCUUCUCCCGCAGAUAAGUACCAGAUGCGCAAAACUUUCGACCAGGCUGCCCAAGAUACUUUUUUGAUCUUGCACAGUUCAGGCACCACCGGACUCCCAAAGCCAAUCCGCAUCACACAUGCUCAAAUGGCUGCCAACGACCAGAUUACCCACCUGCCUGAGGAGUGUCAGUGUGGAGGCCCUGGUUUCCGCAGGCUCAACCCCAUCAACAUUACAGCCGGCCGACUGAUUGUGCCAUUUGCUCCUUUCCAUGUGAUCAGCGCCAUACUCCUGAUGUGCUACACGGUUUUUGGCAAGACCACGUAUGUCUUCGGACCUUCGGACCGGAGCAUGAAUGCAACAGACUUGCUCGACGCCGUCGAGUAUGGUAAGGGGGACUGCAUCUUCUGCGCUCCAGCAUUCCUGGAGAAGUACGCUUCCUCAGAGCGAGAUCUCGCCAGAUUAAGCCGCUUAUCUAGCAUCACGUAUGGCGGUGGUGUACUGUCGCCUCGAGCCGCAGCCAUCCUCACGGACCGGCUUAAAAACACGACAUUUAUUCAAUUCUUUGGCGCUACAGAGAGCGGAUGUUGGAUUCUCUAUCAGAUCGGGACCGAGGACAUGGAGUACCUAUCCAUUGAUGCAUGCCAUAUGGGUAUAGAAUGGCGUCCCGUGGCAGCCGACAGCGACACUCAAUCCCCAGCGGACGGCGACUCGAAGUCACAGCCCGCCGCUCCAACACUGUAUGAACCAGUCAUAGUCCGUUUCAAGGAUCCGACCGCCGCGUCCCGUCAGACAGUCUUUCAGACCUUCCCGGAGCUCGACGAGUACGCGACGGGCGAUCUCUUCGCUCCUCACCCGAGUCGACCCAAUACAUGGAAAUUCGCGGGCCGCGUCGAUGACCUGAUCCUCUUUGGCCACGGCAUCAAGUUCCACCCGGCGGGGAUUGAGGCCAAGAUCCAACACAGCCACGACUGGAUCCGGGAGGUGCUACUGUGGGGAGAUGGGCACCAACAAGUGAUCACACUUAUUGAGCUGACGGACGAGGGUCUGAGGGAAGUGGAGAGCGGAGGCCCAGUAGCAGCACAGUUUCAAAAUGAAAUAGACCUCCUGUUCGACAAGGUCAAUGACGAAGCGCCUCUAAUUGCAAAGCUCGCCAAGACACAUGUCAUCUUCGCGACGAGAGAGAAGCCUCUUCCCCGUACGUCAAAGGGCAGUCUACGCCGUAAGGAGGCCGCGCGAGUCUACCAGGCCGAGAUCGACCAGGUGUACAGGGUCCAUGGGGACCAGAUGAUGGGCAGCAUGAUGUCGAGGGUGCACCAGUUACCUAAACCAUCCAACUAA